CAACUCACCGAGCAUGCACCCAAUCCCACAUGGCAUGAAACUAUACUCUCUCGCACCGAAGCGCAAAACUCGUUCUCCGGUUUUCCACCAACCCAGCACCGAACCAAAUUGAAGACGGCGAUGCCCCUAGACCGCUCGCUGCGUACCGUCACCUACCGAAACGUACAUAGACGCCAGGCAAUAAUAUGUCGCCGGACAGCAUAAAACGCACCGCAGUCAUCAUCAUCAUCGUAUCUCUCGUCGCGGUUCGUUCGGGCUAUGCCGCUUUGUAUGCUCUCAUGCUGUGGGGACUUAUUACAGGCUACCGCCGUCGGAUUAGGGCCACGAAAGAGACAACCUCUGCUCUACCGUUUGCAAAUGCCUUUCGGUGUUGUACGGAUUCUGUUCAGUGGUGGAGUGAGAGAAACGGAACUUCCUUCGGACAGAGAUAGCAUCGCACAAGCCAACAUGCUCGGGCUAUGUUCUCCGAGUGAGUGGGGAGAGUAGGCGUUUCCAGAGGCGUAUUCCUAUGGUGUAUUGUGCGUUGGAUCGGGUGGUCGGUUAGGGGUUCUGCGGGGUGGUGGACACCGGUAAAGGCCGUAAGGCCGGAGGUGGCUUCAUGGUAGUAUUGGUUGUAUAUCUGCUGGGUAAAUGUGCCCUGCCGAACUGCCACUGAUGCUGCUGUUUGUGGUGUCUUUCCCUUCGUCUCUUCUGCUACGAAUGUAUAGAAGUAGUGAGCGAGUCGUGGGCAUGAAUGUGUGUGCAGGGAUGCAGGGAAAACUUUACGGGCGCCGAAUACCCUGAAGCUUCACCUGAAACCCACCAGUUCCAAUCUAUCGAUUGCGCAGACCAAUUCCACUGCGCUCUCCUUCAGCGAGAAGGGCCUUCGUUUGUUUCGAUCUCUCUCUCGGCUGUGCUUUUGGGUGCUUCUGCUGACUGCCAACUCGUGGUACGUGGCCUCUUGUUGCUUCUUGUAGAGUAGCACACAACUUACCAGCAGGGGCGCGCGCGAAUUCCUACCGCUGACAAGUGUUUUCGGAGUUUCUCUGUUUGUCAGUGAUUAUCGCUACCGCUUCUGCCGUGGAUGUUCUUCAACUGUGUGCAACUCAGCAAUCGCACAUUCUUCCACAUCGCCGCGAAGUGUUUGCCAAUCGGAUCCAUAUCGAACUGAUUUUAUCAAAUUACCACCAUCUCCUCGGACGGAUUACGGCUAUGAACGCCAACAAGUGCGGUAUUGUGCAAUCGGAAAACACCACAUCCUGAAGCAUUUGCCGUAGCUGCUGCUGCAUUGCAAACUCUAAAAGUAAAACAGACAAAUCGUGACUGAACCAAAUCAAAACUGUAGAACCGACUCGUGAAGUGAUCGUUCCAGAAGUGACACCUAAUUAUAAUAACGAUCUGAAACUGUAGCUAGAUUGAAUUAUCCACUAUUAUCGCAUUAUUUCAAUUGUUCCAACGAAAUCCUGCUGGCACCAAAGUUAAAUGCAAGCAAAACUGGUGCAAUUACCAACAUUUGAAAACUCGCUCUACUCUUCGUCCUCCGGCGAAGCAACCGUGUGAUAAUUCCGUAGUUCCAUUCCGCAAUCCCUUGAAGCAAAACUCUGCCUUACAGUCGGCCGGAACUCUCCUCUCAAAAAUAAAUUAGCUCAAUAACGUUCGUUCACCAGAUCCUGUGUACAGUGUAACAUCCGUAGUCCCGUUAUUAGUUCAAUUAGCAUUUUUACAACUGAAUCGCGAAAAUUCCAGGAAAAUUGUGAUACUUCGAUGUGCCUUUUGAAAGUAGUCCCGUGAAAGCUUUUGUUCCGUUCGCUAAAAAAUAAAUCACGCCCCAGAAGAAACAACCCAAUUCAAAAGUGUCAAAUUUGGUUUCAACCACAAUCGCAGUGAAAACGAAGAAAUCCGGCCAGGCAGUGAACUUCUGAGAAAAGUUGCACCGGGGUCGUCGCCAAGUGAACCGUGAACCGUAUUGCGGUGGAUACUGGCUAAACAUAUCAACCCAAACCCGAAAAAUCUACGCGAACCCCCCUUUUGAGGAAGGUGUGUGCUAGUGCUGUGAGUGUGUUAUCGAAAGCCUCCUCCUGAUCCCCCCUCGACUAGAUUUUCGUUCAUUAGUGUGAAUCCUAAAGCGCUUGAAAGCGCGUUGAAACUCACCGGUUCAAUUCCCGGAAGGAGCUUGCUCUGGACUUUCAUCGGACCGGGAACAACGACGAAAGGCGCGGACAACUUUGCGACGACAUGAUUAUGGUAAGACGGCAAUGAAAGCUUAAUUUUUCGCACCUUCUGCUUCUCUUGAACGACCUCUGAACGGAUGCUGGCUCCCAUCCCAUCCCAACCGACGGACACUGCUCCAAGACGACGAUGCUCCUUAUGCUGCUGCCGUUGCUUCUGAGUACCGAGCGGAUAUUGCCAAGCACAUAAUAGGGUAGCUCUCUCGCGCACAAAUGAUAAUCACUGUAAUCUUCCAUUGCGGUGGGAUUAAAUAUCGGCGCUAAUACGCGUUACCGAAGGAGUGAAACCUGAAACGACGUAAAACACGUGCUCUUGCCAGCACGAAAGAGCAUUUCAAAAAGCAAACGCAAUUCAACAACCAAGAAAAGAAAAGAUAAAAACAUAACGAGUCACGGAGAGUGGCGAAGUUGCAACCCCCAAAGAGAGAAAGAAAAAAAACUAACGCAAAACGAAACAUAUCGACCCGCAUUGAAGCACCAUAGCGAACAGAGAGACAGAGAAAGAGAGAGCACAAGAAGCGGGUCGUCGUGAAACUUUAACGAAACGGUACUAAAGUGGCCAAAGCAAACUCACGGUAUAGCGGCGGUGGAGGCACCGUCGGAAGCACCGGCGGUAUGACGUUUCGUUGUGUUUCUUCGUACGACGCCAGCGCCCAAUGGACACUCACACCGUCCCUUCAAUCGCAGCUGGAACGGCUUACUAGUCAUGGCGGCAUAGGACUCUCAGGUGGCAGUCCGGCAUAUACCACACACACCGGGGGCCACACGGGUCGAAACGGACCAACCAGUGGACACGGGGGAAGUCACGGCAGCUCGCACGGACCCGGCCCCACAAUGCACCACCAGACGUUGCAGUCCGACUUUCAACCACCGUACUUCCCGCCUCCGUUCCACCACAGCACCCAGAGUCCCCCGCAGCAACAGAAUCAUGGUUUGGACUACCUUAGUACGGAUCCGUACGGUCAACCGUUGUCCUCGCUACAUCACGCUCCCCUGCAUCACUACAACCAGCUGGCUGGUUUGAGACCCUCGCAAGAGCAACUGGGACUGCACCGAUCGCACCGAGAAUCCGAACUGCAGCAACACGUGACGCAACUCUCACAUGGUUUCCCGUACUCGGACCGGCGGAGUGACUAUAGUGGAUCGAUCGGAAGCGGAGCGGGCGCCACCCGGUUAGGGGCCCACGAGCAUGACCCGCUGUCGUUGCACCAGGCCCUGCAGAGUGCUGUGGACGACGGGCAAAAUCCGGUGAUAGACGAGAAUGCCGGCUUCAUGAGCGAUUUACCGUUGCUGAAAAACUUCCCCAUCACCGACAUCAAGAAGGACAGCAGCCAAAUGAACAUGGGCUCCCCGUCGGACGUGUUCUGCUCCGUUCCCGGCCGGCUCAGUCUCCUCUCCAGCACCUCGAAAUACAAAGUUACGGUGGCAGAAGUGCAGCGUCGCCUGUCGCCACCCGAGUGUCUCAACGCGUCGCUUCUCGGAGGAGUUCUCAGACGGGCAAAGAGUAAAAACGGCGGCCGGUUACUAAGGGAAAAGUUGGAGAAAAUCGGUUUGAACUUACCGGCGGGACGACGCAAGGCGGCAAAUGUCACGCUGCUCACAUCCCUGGUGGAAGGCGAGGCAAUUCACCUGGCGCGUGACUUUGGCUACGUCUGCGAGACGGAAUUCCCUGCCCGACAAGUCGCCGAGUACCUCUCGCGGCAAUACUCGGAACCGCAGGAAUCCUACAGAAGGAAAGAACUGUUGCUCAAUACUAAACAGAUUACAAAAGAACUAAUGGACCUGUUGAACCAGGAUCGGUCACCUCUGUGCAACACCAGACCCCAGCACAUCUUGGACCCCUCGAUUCAGCGACAUCUGACGCACUUUUCGCUUAUCUCGCACGGCUUCGGAUCACCCGCCAUUGUGGCAGCGCUGACAGCCAUCCAGAACUUCCUCAACGAGUCCAUCAAGCACCUGGACAAGAUGUACCCCGGCAACGGUGGCAGUAUGGUGACGUCAUCGCUCGACAAGAGCAAAAUGGAUACCGACAAGAAAUGACAGUUAUAAAAUUAUCUGUUCACCAAAAUUGAACGCUUCUAGCCGGACUUGAUGCGAUCGGUUCGGAAGAGGCAACUACGGAACCGCAACCGAUGGAUGGCGCCAUCUUCAACUGUAUCAUAGAGAAAACCACAUUGUGAUGUAUAAACAAACAGAAAAGAGAGACGACCGUAAGCAGUAAUGCAAAUUUAUAAUGCAAAAGGUUACACUAUGAGAUUUCAACACUAGAUUGAUUAUAAUUAAAUUAUUAUUGGUCACCACUUGCAAGCAACGUAAAUAUUUGAAAGUCUGCACGUUUUAUCUCUCGGUGUUCUCAAUAUAUUUAACUGUAAUCAAUUGAAGGCGCAUAAUCGUAAGAGGAAGUAUUGUUUUCUAUAUUUAAUAAUCCUUUUUGUGAUAGACUAUUGUUUAAUAAUCUUAGAAACUAGGAACAUGUACAUUCCCAUUUUUAUUUGAUAAAUCAAUGGCCAUUGAUACUUGUUUCAUCUGCAAUCCCAUUUUUAGCUAAAAUGAGCAACAGUUGGGCGCCAGCGCUCAAUUGCAAAUGCAAAGCAAAGAUGACUGACAAGAGCACCUAUUAAACGAAUUUUAUUUAUUGUUUAUUUUUAAGAAUAAAAAACAAAAAAAACAAACAAUGGAACCAUCUUUGACAAAAGAGCCGGCGAGGCUUAGAAUGUACUUGUGAAGUCAUGUGCCAAAACAAAGCAAAAAUAAAACUUUACAUUUUCUCGACUAUAAA